CACGUGCGCGUUAAAUUCUGUUCUGUACUUUCGUGCUGUACUUUCUACACUUUGCACAUGCAGUACUAUACUUUCUAUACACGAUAGUAUUUCUUAUUGUUUUCUAUAUUAUUUAGCGUAUUACGUGUCUAUAAAAUAAACAGAUAAAUAUGUAUCGUGGCUAUAAAUAAUAUAAAAAUAUAAAACGCGGACAAAAAGAACAGAUUUAUGACCGAUAGAUUUUAAACAGGUUGCUUUGAAUCACUCUCUUAUCUACUUUUAUCUUUUUUCUUCUAAAACGUGAACGUUCUUUUGUUUUGUUUCUUACAUGUGGUGAGAUACGUGAGUUUAUCUGUGUAACUUCUCGUCUUUUUUUCCAACGCAUGAUAAAACGCUCUUUAUUCAUCUUACGUGAGAAAAGUGCAAGAGAAUUGCGUAAGAAAGUGCAAUAAUUGAAUACAAGUUAUAUAGAACAAGUGUAAAAUGUCAACGAUGCAAACAUUACCACAAAAGAAAUAUUAUAGACAACGUGCUCAUUCAAAUCCGAUAGCAGAUCAUUGCCUAGAGUAUCCCAUAAAACCGGAUUUGAUGAAUUGGAGCACUUUAUACCCAGGAUAUUUUCACACUGAUAAUGAGCAGGAAAUACAGAAACAUGUGGAGUUUGUAGAUAUUGGUUGCGGUUAUGGAGGACUACUAGUUACCUUAUCGCCAAUGUUUCCUGAUAGUUUGAUACUUGGUAUGGAAAUUCGAAUAAAAGUUGCUGACUAUGUUAGGGAUCGCAUUGCUGCGCUACGUUGCCAAAAUCCUGAUCAAUAUCAGAAUAUUGCCUGUCUGAGAACAAACGCAAUGAAGUAUCUGCCAAAUUACUUUCACAAAGGACAGUUAAAGAAGAUGUUUUUCCUGUAUCCAGAUCCACACUUCAAGAGGUCAAAACAUAAAUGGAGAAUAAUAAACAAAUCGCUGUUAGCAGAAUAUGCUUAUCUGUUGGCAGAAGGAGCAAUUGUGUACACUGUAACAGAUGUGAACGAUUUGCACAAGUGGAUAGUUCAGCACUUUCAAGAACACCCGUUGUUUGAAGAAAUGACCAAAGAGGACUUGGAUGCAGAUCCUAUAGUGGAGAAAUUAUACGAAAGCACCGAGGAGGGUCAGAAAGUGACGAGGAACAAAGGGAAUAAAUUUCUGGCUGUGUUUAGAAGGAUCGCGGAUCCUUACAUCGCGACGAGCAGCUAACAGUUAUAACAGCAAUUAUAUAUAGCU